AUGGGAGCCGCGGUGUCGGCGCGGUGGGUCCAGGCGGCUCGCGGACUCGAGCCCUCGGCGAGUCCCCCCGGUGGUUCAGCGGAGCCAAAGAGAACCACUGAUGCUGUCGGCGAGGGAGAGUCGAAACGGAAGGGGAAGGCCAACACAUGGAAAGGGAGGGCGAGCUCUCAGAGGAAAACACGGGCGAUGACGGCCGAGACAGGGAGGGAGAAGGCAAAGGAGAAUUCGGUGGAGAAAGGGAAGGAGAAGGCGGAGGAGAAUCAGGAGGAGAAGUCGGUUGGCGAGGGUACGUCGGUGAAGAAAGGGAAGGAGAAGGCGGCGGAGAAGGAGAAGGAGAAGGAGAAGGCGGUGGAGAAGGAGAAGGAGAAGAAGAAGGAGAAGGAGAAGGAGAAGGAAAAGGAGGAGAAGGAGAAGGAGAAAGGACGGAAGGGUCAUGGCAUUCGCCACGACAACUCGGGCGACGGUCUAGGGUGGGUGGGCGAGAUUAAGGUGCUCGGCGCUAAUCGAUACAUCGGCAAGUCGCACGACAAGAUGGAGCCGGCGUACCUGCACUCGAUUGCGUACAUCGUCUACGACGGUUACGUCAGCAAGGUCCUCAUGGCCGAGCUCACCGACUUGGAGGAAACCGAGUUGGAGAAGUGGAGGAAGGUGUGGGAGGAGGUCAAGAUUUUGCCGACAGGGAUGUGGACGGUGAUAUGGGCACGAGGCGCGUACCUUCCAAAAACACGAUAA